AUGUAUACCACAAAUUUUUUGAAAAAUCCUCCAACGACAUCGACGACGGACUUGAUGAAUUGUUCCUGGGGGAGUCCUUUAUUAAUUUCCACACCUUCUUCAUCGUUGCAUAAUUAUAGUAACAGUAACAAAAAUUAUGUAAAAAAAAGAUUUAGUAGAGGCAAAGAUGAAAAUAAUACACCAACUAAGAAAGCGGAGAAGAAUCUGAUUAAAAAGAAAAUUAAUUUAUUUGGUAAAGUUGAACAAUCUGCUAAUGAAAAUGAUAAUAAUAAUAAUGAUAAAAUCACAAGAAUUGAUGAUGGCACUGAAAAUCUCAGCCAAAAAACAUUAAAAAGCGAUAACUCACAGCAUAGCAAAAAACAAAAUCACAUGGUUAACAACAACAACAGCCAAGCCUCUAAGAUUAAAAAUAAGAAUGAUAAUUUAAAUAAUAAUAACGUUGAUGAUAUUAAUGAUAAUGAUGAAAAAGAUGAUGAUCAAUUGUUAUUAUCAUCUUGGGGAUUACCAGAGGUUAUUUUAAGACGCUAUCAGGAAUCCGGCAUUGAAAGAUUAUUUGAUUGGCAGGCCGAGUGUUUAAGUACUGGAAAAGUUUUAGAAAGGGGGAAUCUUGUAUAUAGCGCCCCCACCAGUGCAGGCAAAACUAUGGUGGCCGAGCUACUGAUGUUGAAAUCAGUGUUAGAGACUAAACGAAAAGCUCUAUUCAUCCUACCGUUUGUGUCAGUAAAUUUAUUUCAAAAUGCUGGGGUCCAUGUUGGUGGUUUCUAUGGUAACCAGGGACCUGCUGGUGGCUUUCCAUCCAUUGACAUUGGCAUCUGUACAAUUGAGAAGGCCAAUAAUUUGAUAAAUAGGUUGAUGGAGCAGCAGCAACAACAAUCAUCAUCACAACUUCCGUCAUCAUCAUCUUCAUCGUCGUCGUCAUCAUCUUCCCCGACCAUCCAAAUAAUCGGCAUGAGUGCCACACUGCCGAAUUUGGAAUUACUAUCGACGUGGCUGGAUGGCGACCUGUACACCACGCGCUACAGACCCGUGCCUCUACUUGAAAUGGUUAAAAUCGGUGACCAGCUGAUCAACUCUGAUGGAAGAUUGUUGAGGAGUUUAGGCAACAGUAGGCUAGAUCACGUGAUCCACCUCUGCUCGGAGACAGUCGUCAACGAAGGAUGUUCAGUUCUGAUCUUCUGUCCAACUAAAAACUGGUGCGAGAAACUGGCCGACACCAUCGCCAGGGAGUUCUAUGACGUCAUCAGGGCAGCCAUCAUGGAAAAUAAUGUACCUGGAUAUGAGGUCACCAGCAAUAAGUUUCAUCCAAACGAGCGUGAUCUCACAGACGUCCUUGAACUCUUACGAAGGUCACCAUCUGGCCUCGAUCCGACUCUCGGCAAGAUGGUAAGAUGUGCCGUGGCCUAUCAUCACGCAGGUUUAACCUUUGAGGAACGUGACAUUAUAGAGGGCGCUUUCAGGUCAGGAGUGAUCAAGGUGGUUGUGGCUACCAGUACGCUGUCUAGUGGAGUCAACCUGCCGGCAAGAAGGGUCAUCGUACGUACCCCAAUUUUUCACGGCUGCCCCAUAGAUGCCCUGGUUUACAAGCAAAUGAUUGGUCGGGCUGGUCGAAAGGGGGUUGACAUUAAAGGCGAAAGCGUACUCGUAUGCAAGCAGUCAGAAUCGAAAAUAGGGAUGUCCCUGAUGACGUCCAAUCUUGAGCCCAUCACUAGUUGCUUGAACUUGGGCGGGCCCGGGGUAGGUGGGCUGAGUUCAUCCAUGAAGAGGGCAAUUCUAGAGGUGAUAAUAGUAAACAAAGUUGCUAGUACACUGAAACAAGUAAACGUAUAUGCUAGAUGUACAAUGCUGGCUGCCGCUAUGAAAUUAGCCACCGCUGCUACUACGACAGCAACUACUACAACCACUACUACUACUAAUAAUAAUAAUGAUAAUAAGGCUGAUAAUGAUGAUGAUGGUGGUGGUGGUAAUAGUAAUGAUGAAGACGCUGUAUCUACAUGCGUCAAGUAUCUUGUAGACAAUGAGUUUGUUCAGAUAGUUAAAGUUGCCAAAGACAAAGAAGCGACAACGACCACCACAACCACUGCUGCUAUUACUACUGCAGCUAAAAUUGGCAAAAAUAAUAAAAACGUUAAUGAAGAUAGUGGCGAUUACAUGUACGUGCCCACUCAGCUGGGUCAGGCGGUGGUCAGCUCUGGGCUAUCGCCAGACGAAGGGCUGAAAGUUUUUGUGGAGCUGCAGAAAGCUAGGAGAUGUUUCGUGUUGGAGAAUGAUUUGCAUAUUAUUUAUUUGGUGACGCCCUUGUAUAUGCAAGAUCAGUUCACGAUCGACUGGUACAACUACCUGUGCAUCUGGGAGGGGUUGAGCCCUGGUUGCCGCAGGGUGGCCGAAGUCGUGGGGGUGCAAGAAAUAUUUCUGUCAAAGGCUGUGCAUGGAAAAUUAAUGCAGAACGCUGAUCGAUCGGUUGAAAGAAUGGUAUCUAUACACAAACGUUUCUACAUGUCUCUGGCUUUGUAUGACCUCGUUAACGAGGUGCCCUUGAACUCUACAUGCCAGAAGUUCAAGGUCAAUAAAGGCUCACUGCAGACUCUUCAACAAUCUUCCUCCACAUUUUCUGGUAUGGUGACGGCGUUUUGUAGUAAGUUAUGUUGGCACAACAUGGAAUCUCUCUUUCAGAAUUUUCAGUGCCGACUUUGCUUCGGUGUGCAGCCGGAAUUGGUGGAUCUUGUCAGGAUAACCAUUAUGAACGCUCAACUGGCUAGAUGUUUCUUUUCAGCUGGUUACGUCAAUGUAACCUCGCUUGCCACAGCUAACAUCGAUGACGUUGUGAAGAUUGUUAAGAAGGCCUCUCCAUUCCUCAGUUCUAAAAGGAUGGAGGGUGAAAGUGAAGCUGAUUACGAAGAACGCAUGCGAACAAGCAGGUGCGUGUUUGUGUCCGGCGGCGAUCGAGGAAUGACGCAACUUGAAGCCGCACAACAAAUCCUGCAAGAAGCCCGCCAACUCGUGGCUGACGAUUUGAUCAAGUUAGGAAUCAAGAAGUCUGUUAGUGAUGUUGAUGACGGCGAAGAUUGCAAUGAUAGUAAUACAAAAAUUUCGCCCACUGUCUCCUCGUUAAAUCGAUCUAAGUCAAAAAAAUACCGACGCCGUGUUAACAAAAGUGCAAAAGUUAAUUCAAGUAAGCGAGGUGGAGAAGUUCGCAAGUCUCAAAAUGUUAGUCGUAAUAAGGAGAAGUCAGUGAAGAUUGAGAGAAAUGUGAACGUUUCUAUACUGACGCCUCCAGUUUCAUUUGUUGACAGUCAAAAGUUGAAAAGAGAUAAAACUUUUAGUCAAAAUAUAGUAAAUGAUAAUGUUAAAUGUAUUGUAAAUUUAAACAUACCACCUGCUAAUAAUGAGCAGAUUAGUAACUUUUCUGAUGAAAAUCACAAAAAUAAUUUAAACGACACUUUUAAAAUCAAUAUCGAAAUUUUAAAUCAGAAUGAAAAAUCUCAGAAAAAUGUUCACAAUAGUUUACAUACUAGUCGUUCACCGUUGAAAGUAAUUGAAGGGAAUGUUGUUAUUCAGACGCAGAAUAUUGACAACGAAGCAGACGAUUCAGACGAUAUGUUGUUCGAGAACGAUAGUGUAGAUGAUGCCUGCUUGAUCGGUCAGGCAGACUCCAGUCAAACAAAUGUGGGUAAAUGCGAAAAAUCACAACCGAUGCCAGAUAACAUCGGUAUGAGCGAGAUAGGGGGAGAAAAAAGUAAAGAUGAAAUUUUAAAAAAAGACUCUGUGAUAGGUGGUCAGCUGAUGAAAAAUGAUCAAGCAGAUGACGCCAUACACGAUGGUCUCAUUGACGAGUUUUUACUAAAUUCAUUUACGAACAUUAAAAAGCCUGUUGAUUGCACUGAAGUAGCAACAAAUCUAAUUGAGGAUGGUUCAAUGAAGCGUUUACUUGCUGGGCAACCUUUCGUCAGCACGAGUGAACGAACAACAGAUAAGCUCAGCAUGAAUUUAUUUGACGAUGCUUCAAAUUCAAGUGAGGUGAGUCUGUUUGAUAGCAGCCAAUGUUUACGCGAAAGAAAUGAUUGUGUCGGUUACAAUGAUGAUGUGGACUUAGAGGGAGACCUUAACAAUGUUUCACCAAGGGAGGAAGAUCUGUUUUCCACGUCUUGUUUUGAAAGGAAACAAUUUUGCUCCAUGCUUCUCGACGGCAGGACGCCUUAUUCCGAGGAAAUGUUUGAGGAGAACGCAAAUGACGUCAAUGAAAAUUAUGUUGUAGACGCCAACGCUGAAAUAAAUUGUGAAAUAAAGGCUGAAAACUAUGAAAAUAACGAAAGAAUUUCUGUUGCUGAUGAUUUUUUUGAAAGAAGCACAGUUGAUAUUGAAGACAAAGCUAACGAGCAAAAAGUUGAUGAUGGCAAUCAAAAAGUUGAAAAUCGUGGAGAUGGGGAAAUAUCUUUUGAAGUCAGCGACCUCUUUUCUAGUUUUCUUACAUGUGCUCCUUCAAUAAAAACAAAACAUUCCCCCAAUUUGCCAGAAAAAAUCGAACAGAAUGAUGUAAAAAUUGACGGCAAAUCCCAGAUUGAAAGUGGGUCUAAUAUUCAAACAAGCACUCACAACAACGACAAUAACAACAGCAACAACGACAACAAAAAAGAAACUAUCUGCAAUAAUGUUUAUAAUUUUGACACAAAUCUUCCAUUCACGCCUACUAUGAAAAAAUUCAAGUCAGUUGAUAUUUCAACGCAUAUAAGUCCCGAUGUAGAACUCAUUAUGAACGCAUUCUGCGACGACACCUGCUGGGAAUCCAGCAACAAAAAACGAAAAAAACCGCCAAAAAGGGCUCUAAAUUUUUUUCUAGAAAGUUCAAAUGCCGUUAUUCAAGAUAAGAAAAAGUUGAAAAUGGACUGCAACAACACAAAGAAAGAACAAGAAGGUAACUUUACGGAGUUGAAAACUUUUGGAAAUACUCCUAACAUCAAAGAAAGUAUUCAGGCAAAUAAGUUUUCAUCUAAUAUUCUUGAAACUAAAUUCCAUGAAACCACUGAUGAAACUGUCUUUACAAAAAAAAUCACAACACCAGAGUCUACGAAUUUAGUAGCGAAGACAGCAGAAGAUCAACUCAAUCAAAAUAUCGAUCCAUUCCUUGAUCUGGAUAGCGAUGAUUCCGAAUGUUUCAUCCCACCUACUCCGCCACUGCAAACCACUCCGAAACUUCAUUCAUCGAGAAAUUUAGCUUCAAAUAUUAAAUUAACUCCUCGCCAUCUCCAUCUCGGAGCUUUUAAAACGACAACAGAUUACUCUGUUAAUAAUUCAAACAAUAGGGACAAUAAUAAUAACUCUAACAACAACGACGACAACAACAACACAAAUAUGAAUGACGUAUUAAAACGCAACAAAGUUUCAACCAUCGCUAACACGAACGAUAGAAGCAUAACGUUGUCUUCGACGCUAGAAUCUUUAACGAUAUUCGAUGUUGCCUCUAACAGAGAUUUGUUUGAGAAAUUUUUAGAUGAAUGGUCGACCAGAUAUGAAUUCUCACUCUGUGUUGCUUGUGAUAGAGUUAAGAGUACUGAAAAUAAAAUUAACGAGAAAAAAUGCGCGUCUAUCGGUGGAAAGUUUAUUCAUAAAAAUACAAUCACAACAGUAGCAGCAACAACACCAGAAACUUUCACAGACAUAAACACUCAAAACGGCUUUCCGACUUUGGAAAAGAGUAUGAGAGUUGUUGGCAUGGCUGUUUCCUGGGAGGGGUGUGACGUAUACUAUGUCUCGUUCCUAAAUUCCGUUGAAAAUUCUGACUUGGAUAGAUCGAUGGCAGCCCCUGACCUCGACCAAUCGUUGACGGUCGAGGAGAGGUGGAAAGGUGUUAAAAAGGUUCUUGAAAAAGAUAUCGACAAAACCGGUUCUCGCAUUCAAGUCGAGAUGUUCGAUUCGAAAUCUCAAUACCGACUGUUGAGUAGCACGUGUAGCAUUCUCAUAGCCGGUUUGUUGGUCGAUCCUAAGGUGGCUAGUAUCGACUGCCCGUCCGGACUUAUGAGUUUAGGCAUGACGUCAUCUGAAAUUACGUCAUCGAGAAUGAGAUCAUCAGUGGAGAGUGUGCUGGUGAGGAGGAGUAUGAAGACGAUGAAGAUGAAAUUGAGUGAAGUUUCAAAUCUAUGGCAGUGCUUCAUAACCCAGGAAAUGCCCAUUCUCAAAAUCCUGGCUGAUAUGGAACUGAACGGAAUGGGUUUCGACUACGAAGAAAGCGAGCGUCAAAAGUCACUACUACUGCGUCAGUUAGCUCACCUGGAAGAGAGCUCCUACUCGGCGGCCGGUCACGAUUUCAAUCUGGCGAACCCUGAUGACGUAAGCAGGGUGUUGUACGUGGAGUUGGGACUGCCUCCAUCGGGAGAAAGGGGCGUCGUGAAGAAGGGUCGUGUUGCUGGAAGAAAGGGUCGAAAUGGCAUAGCAAAGUACAGCACGGCGAAGAACAUUCUAGAAAAGUUGAAGAGCCUGCACCCUCUACCGACCAUGUUGUUGGAAUGGAGGAGAUUAUCUAGCGCUCUCUCCAAGGUCGUCUUCCCUCUCCAAAGCAAAAUCAUCGCCAUCCUCGACACAAGGUCAAAGUUCAAGGACGAACACGUGACCCGGAUGUACCGGAUAAACGCGGUGGCCGACAUGCACACUGCAACCGGUCGGGUCGCCAUGAAGGACCCCAAUUUGCAGAACGUUCCUAAAGAUUUUCAAAUGGGCGAGGACCCAGAAACAGCCGAACUAGUGAACGAAAGUUUCAACUACAGUUACAAGUUAUUUGAAGAUGAAGACGACGACGACGAUGAUGGUGGUGAUGGUGAUGGUGCUGGCGAUGGAAUGGAUAACAAAAAAAAGAGCAAAUCUAUUAGCAUGCGACAUUCGUUUGUGGCUUUCCAAGGUGGCACGCUACUGGCCGCUGACUACUCGCAGCUUGAACUUCGCGUCAUAGCCCACAUGUCGCAGGACAGAAAACUGAUUGACCUUUUGAACUCUGGGGCCGAUGUUUUCAGAAAUAUCGCCUGCCAACUUCACUCCUGUGAGGAGGCCGAAGUGACCGAUUCGCAGAGGCAGCAAGCCAAGCAGGUAUGUUACGGUAUGAUAUAUGGGAUAGGAAGCAAGGCCCUUGGUGAGCAACUGAAAGUCAGUGAAGAUGACGCUGCCGUUUUCAUGGAAACCUUCAAGACCAAGUAUUCUGGCAUUCGUUCCUUUCUCCACAACACAGUGUACAAAUGUCGUACGGAUGGUUACGUCACGAUGACGUCAGGUAGGCGGAGAUAUCUCAAGCGAAUCAACGAUCAGAAUGUACAUCUGAGGGCUCAUGCAGAGAGACAGGCCGUGAACACAACUAUCCAGGGUUCAGGUGCUGAUUUUGUAAAGAGGGCCAUGAUAAAAAUUGAUGAAGAGUUAAAGAAACAAAACUGGUUCGCUAGCUCUGACGGCGGUUCUUAUCUACCCCAUCUGCAUUUGAGAGGUGCUCCUCUUGGCAGUUUUAGAACCCAAGAAAAACCGUACAUACCACCGAGGGGUGCCUAUUUGAUCCUUCAACUACAUGAUGAAUUAAUUUACGAGGUGAAUGAGCGAGAUCUGACCAAUGUGGCUGAGAUAGUUAGGUGGGGUAUGGAAUCCGUUGGUAGAGAUAUCUCAGUUAGGUUGCCGGUGAAGUUAAAAGUCGGAAAGUCUUGGGGGAAGAUGAAAGAAUAUAAACUGGAAUGAGUGAUUGAGUGAGAAAAUGAAUAAAUGAAUGAGUGAAUAAAUGGAAGAUUGAAUGGAUAAGUGGAUGAAAGAUUGAUUGAAUGAAUGAAUGGAUGGUUGAUAGGCAGUUCAGAUAUUUUUCAUGGAUGAAAGUUUAUUGUAUCAUAUCAUAUCUCUUCAUAGUUUAUUGCCGUUGUACAUAUUUAAGUAUUUUUUGUACUAUUUAAUUCUUUGGUUCUAUUUAAAUUUUUUAUUUUCAUACUUGCAUGAUUUUCACUAUUUCUAGGAUUUAUUGUAAUGUAAGUGUUUAUUCUUAAUACUUUUAUCUAUUCAUAGUUUAUUUUUCCCAAUGAAUUGUAUAAUUAAUCUUUUACAUAUAUUAUUAUGUGAUAACAUUAUUUAAUGUAACACAGUAAAGUGUCUGGUGUUUAUAU